AAUAGACAUUUCACAAGACAAGGAAAUGCUGUAAUGUCCUGUGUACAUUGUAAUGUCCUGUGUACAUUGUUUCUGCUCUUACCUUCCUCUGAACAUUUCUGGGCAGAGAAAUUACUCCCCCUCCAACCAACUCCUUUUUGCCCUUUGCAGGUGGCAUGUGAUGUUAAGGUCUUUUAUAUAGGACGAAAGAAGGAAAAGAACUUGGCUGCAACAAAAACAGAGGCAGUUCAAGAGUCACCAGACUGUUAAAGGAUUUCCAUACUGCAAACAAGCUUAAGGACACCUGAAAGAAGAAAGAAGAAAACUAUUUUUAAAACAUUUUUAAAACAACUUCCUUCCAUCGCAAUCAUCAGAUUGUGCUACUAAAUGUCAAUGAGUUCCUGAGAGAUUCGGAGUCACUGUAAGAUACCAGGGCUCUUUUGGAAUACUGGGGUCAUUUAUUUUUUGCUCUUUAUCAUCUACAAAUUGUGUCUGUGUUCUCUUACCAGACACAUGGAGUGUCUUUACCACUGAUUAAACAUUCAGUGCCUGGAGGGGAUGGAGUGGGUCAUGGGAGCUGACAUUUCCUUCCAAAAGUGGUAGGGAUGUCCUUCUUAGAGCAAGACCAUGAUUACUAAUUAACUAAAAAUUCUGAUCCUGGAAAUAAAAGCUGGCCAUUCAUUUGCAUUUGAAAGCCAUUAACAUUUUCUUGAUAGGUCAGUAAAUAGUUACCAGAUCUUUGGCUGCUUUGGUGGACUGUGCUCCUCUGCUUUUAUUGCUAAGCCAUCCUUCAGACAGAGAGGGAGCGGCUGCAGGAGGUAAUGAGAGAUGGCAAGAAAGAAGCUGAAAAAAUUUACUACUUUGGAGAUUGUGCUCAGUGUUCUUCUGCUCGUGUUGUUUAUCAUCAGUAUUGUUCUAAUUGUGCUUUUAGCCAAGGAGUCAUUGAAAUCAACAGCCCCAGAUCCCGGGACAACUGGUACCCCAGAUCCUGGAACAAUCACUUCCACGCAGCCUGGGACAACUGAUCCUGGAACAACUGGUUCCACGCAUCUCAGGACAACGGGUCCCUGUGAUCCUGGAACAACGGGUACCACUCCUGUUUCUGCUGAAUGUCCAGUGGUAAAUGAAUUGGAACGAAUUAAUUGCAUCCCUGACCAGCCACCAACAAAGGCCACAUGUGACCAACGUGGCUGUUGCUGGAAUCCCCAGGGAGCUGUAAGUGUUCCCUGGUGCUACUAUUCCAAGAAUCAUAGCUACCACAUGGAGGGCGACCUUGUAAACACAAAUGCAGGAUUCACAGCCCGGUUGAAAAAUCUGCCUUCUUCACCCAUGUUCGGAAGCAAUGUUGACAACGUUCUUCUCACAGCAGAGUAUCAGACAUCUAAUCGUUUCCACUUUAAGUUGACCGACCAAACCAAUAACAGGUUUGAAGUACCCCACGAACAUGUUCAGUCCUUCAGUGGAUAUGCUGCUUCUUCUUUGACCUACCGAGUUGAAAUCUCCAGAGAGCCAUUUAGCAUCAAAGUGACCAGAAGAAGCAACAAUCGUGUUUUGUUUGACUCAAGCAUUGGGCCCCUCCUGUUUGCCGACCAGUUCUUGCAGCUCUCCACCCGACUGCCUAGUGCUAACGUGUAUGGCCUGGGAGAGCAUGUGCACCAGCAGUACCGGCAUGAUAUGAAUUGGAAGACUUGGCCCAUAUUUAACAGGGACACAACUCCCAAUGGAAACGGAACUAAUUUGUAUGGUGCGCAGACAUUCUUCCUGUGUCUCGAAGAUGCUAGUGGAUUGUCCUUUGGGGUGUUUCUGAUGAACAGCAAUGCCAUGGAGGUUGUCCUUCAGCCCGCGCCAGCCAUCACUUACCGCACCACUGGGGGCAUUCUCGACUUCUAUGUGUUCUUGGGAAACACUCCAGAGCAAGUUGUUCAAGAAUAUCUAGAGCUUAUUGGGCGGCCAGCCCUUCCCUCCUACUGGGCACUUGGAUUUCACCUCAGUCGUUAUGAAUAUGGAACCUUAGACAACAUGAGAGAAGUCUUGGAGAGAAAUCGCGCAGCACAGCUCCCUUAUGAUGUUCAGCAUGCUGAUAUUGAUUAUAUGGAUGAGAGAAGGGACUUCACUUAUGAUCCAGUGAAUUUUAAAGGCUUCCCUGAAUUUGUCAAUGACUUACACAAAAAUGGACAGAAGCUUGUCAUCAUUGUGGAUCCAGCCAUCUCCAACAACUCUUCCUCAAGUAAACCCUAUGGCCCAUAUGACAGGGGUUCAGAUAUGAAGAUAUGGGUGAAUAGUUCAGAUGGCGUGACUCCACUCAUCGGGGAGGUCUGGCCUGGACAAACUGUGUUUCCUGAUUAUACCAAUCCCAACUGUGCUGUUUGGUGGACAAAGGAAUUUGAACUUUUUCAUAAUCAAGUGGAGUUUGAUGGAAUCUGGAUUGAUAUGAAUGAAGUCUCCAACUUUGUUGAUGGUUCGGUCUCAGGAUGUUCCACAAACAACCUAAAUAAUCCCCCAUUCACUCCCAGAGUCCUGGAUGGGUACCUGUUCUGCAAGACUCUCUGUAUGGAUGCAGUGCAGCACUGGGGCAAGCAGUAUGACGUUCACAAUCUGUACGGCUACUCCAUGGCGGUUGCCACAGCAGAAGCUGCCAAGACUGUGUUCCCUAAUAACAGAAGCUUCAUUCUGACCCGUUCUACCUUUGCGGGUUCUGGCAAGUUUGCAGCACAUUGGUUAGGAGACAACACCGCCACCUGGGAUGACCUGCGAUGGUCCAUCCCUGGCGUGCUUGAGUUCAACCUUUUCGGCAUCCCAAUGGUGGGUGCUGACAUAUGUGGCUUUGCCUUGGAUGCCUCUGAGGAGCUCUGUAGGCGGUGGAUGCAGUUGGGUGCAUUUUAUCCAUUUUCUAGAAAUCACAAUGGCCAAGGCUUCAAGGACCAGGAUCCUGCCUCCUUUGGAGCUGACUCCCUGCUGUUGAAUUCCUCCAGGCACUACCUUAACAUCCGCUAUACUCUAUUGCCCUACCUAUAUACCCUCUUCUUCCGUGCUCACAGCCGAGGGGACACGGUGGCCAGGCCCCUUUUGCAUGAGUUCUACGAGGACAACAGCACUUGGGAUGUGCACCAACAGUUCUUAUGGGGGCCCGGCCUCCUCAUCACUCCAGUUCUGGAUGAAGGUGCAGAGAAAGUGAUGGCAUAUGUGCCUGAUGCUGUCUGGUAUGACUACGAGACUGGGAACCAAGUGAGAAGGAGGAAGCAAAAAGUCGAGAUGGAACUUCCUGGAGACAAAAUUGGACUUCACCUUCGAGGAGGCUACAUCUUUCCCACACAGCAGCCAAAUACAACCACUCUGGCCAGUCGAAAGAACCCUCUUGGUCUUAUCAUUUGCCUAGAUGAGAACAAAGGCAAAGGAGAACUUUUCUGGGAUGAUGGGAAAGCGAAGGAUACUGUGGCCAAUAAAGUGUAUCUUUUAUGUGAGUUUUCUGUCACUCGAAACCGCUUGGAGGUGAAUAUUUCACAGUCAACCUACAAAGGACCCAAUAAUAAUUUAGCAUUUAAUGAAAUUAAAAUUCUUGGGACGGAGGAACCUAGCAAUGUUACAGUGAAACACAAUGGUGUCCCAACUCAGACUUCUCCUACAGUCACUUAUGAUUCUAACCUGAAGGUUGCCAUUGUCACAGAUAUUGAUCUUCUCCUGGGAGAAGCAUACACAGUGGAGUGGGAUAUAAAGAUAAGGGAUGAUGAAAAAAUGAACUGUUACCCUGAUGAGAAUCGCGCUUCUGCAGAAAACUGUGCUGCCCGUGGCUGUAUCUGGGAGGCAUCCAAUUCUUCUGGAGUCCCUUUUUGCUAUUUUGUCAAUGAUCUAUACUCUGUCGGUGAUGUUCAAUAUAAUUCACAUGGGGCCACAGCUGACAUCUCCUUAAAGUCUUCCGUUUAUGCCAAUGCCUUCCCCUCCACACCCGUGAACCCCCUUCGCCUGGAUGUCACUUACCAUAAGAAUGAAAUGCUGCAGUUCAAGAUUUAUGAUCCCAACAACAAUCGGUAUGAAGUUCCAGUUCCUCUGAGCGUACCCACGGUGCCAUCCAGCACCCCUGGUCGACUCUAUGAUGUCCUCAUUAAGAAGAAUCCAUUUGGGAUUGAAAUUCGCGCAAGAAUUACAGGCACUAUAAUUUGGGACUCUCAGCUCCUUGGCUUCACCUUCAAUGACAUGUUUAUCCCCUCCACCCUCCUUGCCUCCAAGUACCUCUGGCUUCAGAAGGAAACUGAGCACACAUCCUACAGGAGAGACUUGGAGUGGCACACUUGGGGGAUGUUCUCCCGAGACCAGCCCCCAGGGUACAAGAAGAAUUCCCACGGUGUCCACCCCUACUACAUGGGGUUGGAGGAGGAUAGCAGUGCCCAUGGAGUUCUGCUGAACAGCAAUGCCAUGGAUGUGACGUUCCAGCCCCUGCCUGCCUUGACAUACCGUACCACAGGGGGAGUUCUGGACUUUUAUGUGUUCUUGGGAAAAACUCCAGAGCUUGUCACCCAGCAGUACACUGGGUUGAUUGGCCGGCCUGUGAUGGUACCUUACUGGUCUUUGGGUUUCCAGCUGUGUCGCUAUGGAUACCAGAACGACUCUGAGAUUGCCAGCUUGUAUGAUGAGAUGGUGGCCGCCCAGAUCCCUUAUGUGACUCCCGUGUCCUCCACAUGGGGCGUGCAGUACUCAGACAUCGACUACAUGGAGCGGCAGCUGGACUUCACCCUCAGCCCCAAGUUUGCUGGGUUUCCAGCUCUGAUCAACCGCAUGAAGGCUGAUGGGAUCCGGGUCAUCCUCAUUCUGGAUCCAGCUAUUUCUGGCUUAUAAGAGACACAGCCCUAUCCUGCCUUCACUCGGGGCUGGGAUGACAUCUUCAUCAAAUACCCAAACGGUGGAGACAUUGUCAGGGAAAGGUAUAAUCCUAAGGAAUGAUCCACUAGUCCUAACCUGUGGAGUGGAGUCUGGCCCGAUUUUCCUGGUGUUGUUGUGAAUGAAUCUCUAGACUGGGACAGUCAAGUGGAGCUAUAUCGAGCUUACGUGGCCUUCCCAGACUUUUUCCGUAAUUCAACUGCCAAGUGGUGGAGGGAAAUAGAAGAACUGUACAACAAUCCACAGAAUCAGGAGAGGAGCUUGAAGUUUGAUGGUCUGUGGUUGUAAGAUAUGAAUGAACCAUCAAGCUUCGUGAAUGGGGCAGUUUCUCCAGGCUGCAGGGACACCUCUCUGAACCGCCCUCCCUACAUGCCAUGCAGAGCAGAUAUCUGUAGGUUCUUUCAAGAUGCUGAAUAUGAGAUGUGUGUUCGCUGGAUGCAGCUGGGGGCCUUUUACCCCUUCUCAAGAAACCACAACACCAUUGGGACCAGGAGACAAGACCCUGUGUCCUGGGAUGCUGCUUUUGUGAACAUUUCCAGAAAUGUCCUGCAGACCAGAUACACCCUGUUGCCAUAUCUGUAUACCUUGAUGUAUAAGGCCCACACGGAGGGCGUCACUGUUGUGCGGCCUCUGCUUCAUGAGUUUGUCAGACCAGGUGACAUGGGACAUAGACAGUCAGUUCCUGCUGGGCUAGCCUUCUAUCAGCCCUGUCCCUGUUGGGACUCUCAGCUCCUUGGCUUCACCUUCAAUGACAUGUUUAUCCGCAUCUCCACCCGCCUUCCCUCCAAGUACCUCUAUGGCUUUGGGGAAACUGAGCACACGUCCUAUGGAGAGACUUGGUACAAGAAGAAUUCCUAUGGUGUCCACCUACAUGGGGCUGAAGGAUGGCAGUGCCACGGAGUGUUCCUCCUGAACAGCAAUGCCAUGGCUGAUUGGCGGCCUGUGAUGGUACCUUACUGGUCUUUGGGUUUCCAGCUGUGUCGCUAUGGAUACGAGAACGACUCUGAGAUCGCCAGCUUGUAUGAUGACAUGGUGGCCGCCCAGAUCCCUUAUCAGCAGCCACUCAGCUCCCGUGUCCUCCAUAGGACGUGCAGUACUCAGACAUCGACUACAUGGGCGGCAGCUGGACUUCACCUCAGCCCCAAGUUUGCUGUGGGUUUCCAACUCCUGAUCAACCGCAUGAAGGCUGAUGGGAUGCGGGUCAUCCUCAUUCUGGAUCCAGCCAUUUCUGGCAAUGAGACCCAGCCCUAUCCUGCCUUCACUCGGGGCUUGGAGGAUGACAUCUUCAUCAAAUACCCAAAUGAUGGAGACAUUGUCUGGGAAAGCUAUAUCGAGCUUGGUGGCCUUCCCAGACUUUUCCGUGAAUUCAACACCAAGUGGUGGAAGAGGGAAAUAGAAGAACCUGUACAACAAUCCACAGAAUCAGAGGAGUUUGAGUUUGAUGGCCUGUGGAUUGAUAUGAAUGAACCAUCAAGCUUCGUGAAUGGGGCAGUUUCUCCAGGCUGCAGGGAUGCCUCUCUGAGCCGCCCUCCUACAUGCUGCUUCUUCCUCCUCAGAUUUGGAGUCAGGACAGAGCCUGAGCAGCAGACCCUGUGCAUGGAGAGUCAACAGAUCCUCCCAGGCGGCUCGGUGCAGCACUACAAUGUGCACAACCUGUACGGGUGGUCCCAGACCAGACCCACAUACGAGUGAGUCUCUGCCUUCUCCAGCUGUUUGCAGCGAGAGGUGGUCAUCCUUCGCUCCACAUUUCCCUCUUCUGGCAGCUGGGCAGGACAUUGGCUGGGAGACCUUGCGGCCGCGUGGGAUCAGCUGAAGAAAUCUAUCAUUGGCAUGAUGGAGUUCAGCCUCUUCGGCAUAUCCUAUACAGGAGCAGAUAUCUGUGGGUUCUUUCAAGAUGCUGAAUAUGAGAUGUGUGUUCGCUGGAUGCAGCUGGGGGCCUUUUACCCCUUCUCAAGAAACCACAACACCAUUGGGACCAGGAGACAAGACCCUGUGUCACAGGAUGCUGCUUUUGUGAACAUUUCCAGAAAUGUCCUGCAGACCAGAUACACCCUGUUGCCAUAUCUGUAUACCUUGAUGUAUAAGGCCCACGGGGCGUCACUGUUGUCGCGGCCUCUGCUUCAUCAGUUUGUGUCAGACCAGGUGACAUGGGACAUAGACAGUCAGUUCCUGCUGGGCCCAGCCUUCCUGGUCAGCCCUGUCCUGGAGCGCAAUGCCAGAAAUGUCACUGCAUAUUUCCUAGAGCCAGCAAUUUACAAUUUACUACACGGCCAGGUGGGCAAUUCACAAGGUCAGAGCAAGACCAUCCCCCGGCCUCUUGGCCACAUUAAUCUUCAUGUCCGUGGGGGCUACAUCCUGCCCUGGCAAGAGCCUGCACUGAACACCCACUUAAGUCGAAAGAACCCUCUUGGUCUUAUCAUUGCCCUAGAUGAGAACAAAGAAGCAAAAGAACUUUUCUGGGAUGAUGGGCAAGCGAGAGAUACUGUGGCCAAUAAAGUGUAUCUUUUAUGUGAGUUUUCUGUCACUCAAGUGAGUAGCAUAUUUUCUAGAAUCUUAGGACCCAAUAAUUUAGCAUUGUGAAUUAAAAUUCUUGGGACGGAGGAACCUAGCAAUGUUACAGUGAAACACAAUGGUGUCCCAAGUCAGACUUCUCCUACAGUCACUUACGAUUCUAACCUGAAGGUUGCCAUUAUCACAGACAUCAAUCUUCUCCUGGGAGAAGCCUACACAGUGGAGUGGAGCAUAAAGAUAAGGGAUGAUGAAAAAAUAGACUGUUACCCUGAUGAGAAUGGCGCUUCUGCAGAAAACUGCACUGCCAGUAGCUGUAUCUGGGAGAUGUCAAGUUCUUCUGAGGUCCCUGUUUGCUAUUUUGUCUUGCUUGAUCUAUACUCUGUCAAUGUUCAUUAUAAUAAUUCACAUGGGGCCACAGCUGACAUCUCCUUAAAGUCUUCGUGAUGCAGUGCCUUCCCCUCCACACCGUAGAACCCCCUUCGCCUGGAUGUCACUUACCAUAGAAUAAAUGCUGCAGUUCAAGAAAAAAUAUUUAUGAUCAACAACAAUGGGUAUGAAGUUCCAGUUCCUCUGAACAUACCCAGGGUGCCAUCCAGCACCCUGAGGUGUGAUGUCCUCAUUAAGAAGAAUCCAUUUGGGAUUGAAAUUCGCCGCAAGAGUACAGGCAGUAUAAUUUGGGACUCUCAGCUCCUUGGCUUCACCUUCAAUGACAUGUUUAUUCGCAUCUCCACCCGCCUUGCCUCCAAGUACCUCUAUGGCUUUGGGGAAACUGAGCACACAUCCUACAGGAGAGACUUGGAGUGGCACACUUGGGGGAUGUUCUCCCGAGACCAGCCCCCAGGGUACAAGAAGAAUUCCUAUGGUGUCCACCCCUACUACAUGGGGCUGGAGGAGGGCCGGCAAUGCCCAUGGGUGUUCCUGCUGAACAGCAAUGCCAUGGGCGUGACAUUCCAACCCUGCCUGCCUUGACAUGCCAUUACCACAGAGAGGAGUUCUGGACUUUUAUGUGUUCUUGGGGCCAACUCAGAGCUUGUCACCCAGCAGUACACUGAGCUGAUUGGCCGGCCUGUGAUGGUACCUUACUGGUCUUUGGGUUUCCAGCUGUGUCGCUAUGGAUACGAGAACGACUCUGAGAUCGCCAGCUUGUAUGAUGACAUGGUGGCCGCCCAGAUCCCUUAUGCGUUCACCAGACGUGCCCAGUACUCAGACAUGACUACAUGGAGAAGGCGGCAGCUGGACUUCACCCUCAGCCCCAAGUUUGCUGGGUUUCCAACUCUGAUCAACCGCAUGAAGGCUGAUGGGAUGCGGGUCAUCCUCAUUCUGGAUCCAGCCAUUUCUGGCAAUGAGACACAGCCCUAUCCUGCCUUCACUCGGGGCUUGGAGGAUGACAUCUUCAUCAAAUAUGCAGAUGGUGGAGACAUUGACAUGGUUUGUAACAAUUUCUUGAAAUCCUAUGUAAGAAACUGUCUCGUGCAUCGCUACUGGUAUGUUUCUCAUAGGAUUUGGCCUGAUUUUCCUGGUGUUGUUGUGAAGAAUCUGAACUGGGACAGCCAAGUGGAGCUAUAUCGAGCUUACGUGGCCUUCCCAGACUCCGUGAAUUCAACUGCCAAGUGGUGGAAAAGGAAAUAGAAGAGAACUCUCAAUCCACAGAAUCCAGAGAGGAGCUUGAAGUUUGAUGGCCUAUGGAUUGAUAUGAAUGAACCAUCAAGCUUCGUGAAUGGGCAGUUCUCAGGCUGCAGGGACGCCUCUCUGAACCGCCCUCCCUACAUGCCACAUUUGGAGUCCAGGGACAGGGGCCUGAGCAGCAAGACCCUGUGCAUGGAUCAACAGAUCCUCCCAGGCGUCCCGGUGCAGCACUACAACGUGCACAGCCUGUACGGAGGUGGUCCCAGACCAGACACAUACAGUGAAGCCAUGCAGGAGGUGGCCCGGGACAUGCGAGUGGUCAUCAACCGCUCCACAUUUCCCUCUUCCGGCCGCUGGGCAGGACAUUGGCUGGGAGACAACACGGCCGCGUGGGAUCAGCUGAAGAAAUCUAUCAUUGGCAUGAUGGAGUUCAGCCUCUUCGGCAUAUCCUAUACGGGAGCAGAUAUCUGUGGGUUCUUUCAAGAUGCUGAAUAUGAGAUGUGUGUUACUGGAUGCAGCUGAGGGGCCUUUACCCCUUCUCCAAGAAACCACAACACCAUUGGGACUAGGAGACAAGACCCUGUGUCCUGGGAUGCUGCUUUUGUGAACAUUUCCAGAAAUGUCCUGCAGACCAGAUACACCCUGUUGCCAUAUCUGUAUACCUUGAUGUAUAAGGCCCACAUGGAGGGCGUCACUGUUGUGCGGCCUCUGCUUCAUGAGUUUGUGUCAGACCAAGUGACAUGGGACAUAGACAGUCAGUUCCUGCUGGGCCCAGCCUUCCUGGUCAGCCCUGUCCCUGGAGCGAAUAGAAGAAAUGUCACUGCAUAUUUCCUUAGAGCCGCUGAAUGCGAUUACUACACGGGUGUGGAUAUUAAUGCAAGAGGAGAGUGGAAGACCUUGCCAGCCCCUCUUGACCACAUUAAUCUUCAUGUCCGUGGGGGCUACAUCCUGCCCUGGCAAGAGCCUGCACUGAACACCCACUUAAGCCGCCAGAAGUUCAUGGGCUUCAAAAUUGCCUUGGAUGAUGAGGGAACUGCUGAGGGCUGGCUCUUCUGGGAUGAUGGGCAAAGCAUUGAUACCUAUGGGAAAGGACUCUAUUACUUGGCCAACUUUUCUGCCAGCCAGAAUACGAUGCAAAGCCAUAUAAUUUUCAACAAUUACAUCACUGAUACAAAUCCUUUGAAACUGGGCUACAUUGAAAUCUGGGGAGUGGGCAGUGUCCCCAUCACCAGUGUCAGCAUAUCUGUGAGCGGCAUGGCCAUAACACCCUCCUUCAACAAUGACCCCACGACACAGGUAUUAAGCAUCGAUGUGACUGACAGAAACAUCAGUGUACAUAAUUUUACUUCAUUGACAUGGAGAAGCACUCCGUGAAUUUUUAGAGCAAGAUUCUAACUAUGAACGACUUUGAAACUACUUCUACUUCAUGCUCAUAAAAAUUAUCGUGUGUUGCUAAUUGGUUCAUACCCACUGUUGGUGAAAUAUUUUUGUUACUUUUGUUGUAUGUUUUGUGUGUGAACCCUAAAGGUUAAAUCUUAGCCCUGUGGGAUGGGCAGUUAGGGAGGUGUGGAAAAUCUGUGCAUUACCUGACUGUCUCUAUGUGGUGAGUGUGGUAGUGAUUGUUCAUCAUAUGACAUUGACUGAAGAUGAACUGGGUCCACGAUGAAGUGUGUGUAUGUCCAUGUGUGUAAUCAUGGAAUGGACCCCAUUCUCUUGUUAAACACACAAGAAAAAGCUUUCCGUGGCAGUUCCAGGUCUUGAAGCUAAUCAGCAUCUCAAGAAAGUCUCCAGAAAGAACAUCUGCUAGUUGAUUAUAGGCAGCAGGGGGAAUAAUACACCUAAUUGGUUAUUAGUGGGGGGAGGAUGAUAAGCAAAGAAAAGGCAAACACAAGGAAAGAUCAGAGGAAACAGAAGAUGAUAGUAAAAGUGAUCAUAGUAAGAACAUAAUGUAAAAUUAUCAACAGCCUCAUGGGGAGGAAAAAGGAAGAGUCAACUCACCUGAGAGAAGAGGGUCUUGAGAAAUCUUUAGCAUAAAGGGCUAGUGGUGAGAUUGAGAUCUGAGCGGGCAAAGCUGAAAGGAGAGUUUGGAGGUUAAAAAUAAUUUAUUUUUGCAGGGGUGUGCUUUGAAGUGUGUAAAUCUUAUUUCUAAUGUAUAUAACCACAUUUCACACAAAAAUAUGCAAUUUAUAUGGCGGAUAAAAAUAAAACAAGUGAAUUUGCAA